ACUGCGGGCUUCCUUGGAUUACCAAAACCUCCUGUACUGCGACUUUCUUUCCUUUUCCAUUUCCUUCUCUUUCCCCUUCCUUUUCCUUCUCGUUCAGUGUGCCAUUCAUUCGUUUCUUCAACUCUCUCUGAAACGAUCUCCAAAGAUGAGCGGCCAAAUAGCGAAAGGAGAAGAUUUCGAGAGGAAAGCGGAGAAGAAGCUCAAUAGCUGGGGCAUCUUCGGUUCCAAACACGAAGACGCCGCUGAAUUGUUCGAUAAAGCUGGCAAUUGCUUCAAACUUGCAAAAUCAUGGGACCAAGCAGGAGCAGUUUAUAUCAAGUUAGCGAACUGUCAUCUGAAGUUGGAUAGCAAACAUGAAGCUGCGAAUGCAUAUGCCGAUGCUGCUCAUUGCUAUAAGAAGACAAAUACAAAAGAGUCCAUAAAUUGCCUAGAGCAAGCUGUAAAUCAGUUUCUCGAAAUUGGAAGGCUUAAUAUGUCUGCAAGAUAUUACAAGGAAAUUGCUGAAUUAUAUGAGGCUGAACAUAACUUUGAGCAGGCUAUUGUUUAUUUUGAGAAGGCAGCUGAUCUUUUCCAAAGUGAGGAUGUAACAACUUCUGCAAAUCAGUGUAAGCAAAAAAUUGCUCAGUUUGCUGCUCAACUGGAACAAUACCAGAAAUCAAUCGACAUUUAUGAAGAGAUAGCACGACAAUCGCUGAGCAAUAACUUGCUGAAGUAUGGAGUUAAAGGACAUCUUCUUAAUGCUGGCAUUUGCCAACUCUGUAAAGGCGAUGUAGUUGCGAUUGGCAAUGCAUUAGACCGAUAUCAGGAACUGGAUCCAACGUUUUCAGGGACACGCGAGUACAAAUUGCUGGUGGAUUUGGCUGCUGCAAUUGAUGAGGAGGAUAUUGCAAAGUUUACUGAUGCUGUGAAGGAAUAUGACAGCAUGACCCAGCUGGAUGCUUGGAAGACAACCCUUUUGUUGAGAGUGAAGGAAUCGCUGAAGGCUAAAGAACUGGAGGAAGACGAUCUUACUUGAUUCUUUUAUUCUUUGUGUGUUAUGCUGAGUGAAUUUCGAUUUGUUGAUUUUGGUGUACUGGGUGGUUGUGUCUCUUCAUGCUUAUUUACACUGUUUUUUUUGUGUGGUGCUAAUCAGAGUGCAUUUGCUGCUAUUGUAAGCAUGAGUUUGUAAUACAAUUAUGGGUUUGAUUUGCUA